AUGGAAGAAUUAAUAGCAAAGAAGGAAAGUGCUAAUUCAUUAAUGAACUCUGGUGAUUAUGAUAAUGCCAUUAAUGAAUUCACAAAUAUUAUUAAUCUUAUUACACCAAAAAAUGAAGAUGAAGCAAUUAUCAAAUCAUUAUGCUUACUUAAUCGAUCAAUUUGUCAUAUUCAUAAAGAAAAUCUAGAUGAUGCAUUAGGUGAUGCUAAAUUAGUUAUAGAAACAUCAAAAAUUGUUCGCCCAAAUUUAGAUUUUACUCCAGAAGACAAAUUUUCAGGAAUUCUUGCAUUGGCAGAACUUAGAAUCGGUCAGAUAUACGAAUCAAAGCAAGAAACGCUUCUUGCAAUGAAAUCUUACACAAAUUCCAUUCAUUACAAUCCAAAAGCAGGAGCUCAAGAUUGUCUUUUCAGAGUAUAUGGCGAUCUUGGACUUCCUAUGCUUGAUAUCCAAGAUCCUGACCUCAAAUUUUUUUCAGAUUUAAUUUUAGAAAUUCCAAACGAAAAAGGCGUUGUAGAAUCGAUUUCCCGUAUCCUUACAUUCUUUGAGCAAUCAGAAAUACCCGAAUCCGUGCUCGACAAAUUCGCAGAUGAAGGCGUUUACUUGAUAAUUUUCGUUGUUAUGCAACUAUACAUUGAAGACCCAAUAAUUGUCACUUCUUUGCUUAUCAUGGCCCGUAACCUUGCAGAGAAGGGAAUACUCGAUGUUUUCGAUGGCUCCCCUGUUGUUAGGAAUGCCAUUGAUCAUUGGAAACAGAAUCCAGACGUAAUCGGAAGUGCCAUCAAAUUUUUGUCACUUUCUGUCACUUCAUCUAUCAGUGAUGAUGACUUUGUUGAGCCAAUGAUUGAUGCAUUAGACAUAGAGAUUACUCGUGAUGAAGCAGACAUGGCUUUUAUGCUUUUGUUUAACUUAGUUCACUCUGAAGAAACAGAUUUAUUCAAAGGAAAGAAUAUUGUUGAAAAAAUCUUCAAAUGGAAGACAAAUUCUUCGAUUUUGCUGCUUAGUAAAGUAGUUCAUACUAAGGAGAUAUGUGAAGAAGCUUAUAACAAAGGUUCUCUGAUAAUAGCAAAGAAUAUUCUCCAAAAUGUUGAUGAUGAAUUCUUAAUUGCUGCAAGUUUACAAAUUAUCUCAAAUAUUUCUACAUUAAAUGAAGAAAAAUUCAAUGAUGACAUUCCAAACAUCAUUGAUAUUAUAAUGAAAGUUGUUACGAAGAACUCAAAGAACGUGACAAUUGCAACAAAUUGUUUUUCGUGUUUAAGUUUUUUGCUUCCGAAAUCUGUUGAAAAAAUCAAAGAAGUUAGAGCUGUAAGAGCUGCUUCUUUGAUUUUCUUGGUCAACCAGAAAGAAGAGAGUGUUGUAAGAUCUGUUAUUUCUUUCUUUUUCGUGGCAGCAAAGAACGGAUUGGCCAAUUCUAUAACAGAAAUUCCAAAUCUUGUUUCAUCUCUUCUGAAUUCAUUGCCAAUGUACGUGGAGAAUCAGGAAAUCAUGGAAAAGGCAAUUUGCAUUGCUGCUGUAACAAACCAUCCUAAAGCUAAAGCAUUGAUAUGUUUUGGCCUUGAUAAAUUCCCAGAGUCUGUGAUUCUCAAAUCUCUUGUUGCAAAUAUUUCUGAAUAA